GCGUCAGCCGAUCAAGAUGGCCGCGAAUAUUUUGUGGAGGGGCUGGAGUUGAAUACACGCCGCAUUUGGAGCGAUUGUGAUGUUGAGAGUCCAGAUUUUUUCGCCCGCGUCAGAACACCUGCACAAGAUUGCUACCUGACAACCUUUUGGUUAAGAGCUGUAGAGGAGUGUGAUAUUGGAAACCUUAAGCAAGUCUAAUGAAGCGAGCGGCUGCAAAGCAUUUAAUUGAGCGCUACUACCACCAGUUAACAGAGGGCUGUGGAAAUGAGGCCUGCACGAAUGAGGCUUGUGGCUCUUCUCCGGGUUUCCAGCGCAUGGAUAACAAUGCAGCGGCCAUCAAGGCCCUGGAGUUAUAUAAGAAUAAUGCCAAACUGUGUGAUCCUCAUCCCUCUAAGAAAGGAGCCAGUUCAGUCUUCCCGGAGAACAGUGCCAAAGGAGCUCACAACUUCUCUGCGUGCAGUAACGGGAAGAUGAACCAUAAGGACCUGCAAGCCACAAGGGAGGACUUUAGAGAUCUGAAUUCUUUGACGGAGGAGAAGGUGUAUGAAAUCUUGAGCCUCUGUAGUGAAUCUGGAGACUAUUCUCCUCUAAUCCGUGUCAUCGGUAGGGUUUUCUCAAGUGCAGAGAGCCUCGUCCAGAGUUUCCACAAGGCGAAACAGCACACCAAGGAGGAGCUCAAGUCCCUUCAGGCCAAGGAUGAGGACAAAGAUGGAGAUGAGGAAGAGACAGCCUCUGGUUCAUCCACAGCCAUGGAGGUGGAACCUGAGGCCUCGGCAUCAAGUGGAGACGGGCCAUCCAAUGGCGAGAACAACGUCCAAAAGUUGGGCCCUGUUGAAGUUUCUGUAGACAUUGAGGCAGUUAGAAGAGUGUACGACAGACUUUUAUCAAACGAGAAGAUCGAAGCUGCAUUCCUCAAUGCAUUAGUCUACCUGUCGCCCAAUGUAGAGUGUGACCUUACCUAUCAUAAUGUGUACGCCACCGACCCUAAUUACCUGAACGUCUUUAUUAUUGUCAUGGAGAAUAGUAACCUCCACAGUCCGGAAUACCUGGAGAUCGCCCUGCCUCAGUUCUGCAAGGCCAUGAGCAAGCUACCUCUUCCGGCUCUGGCCAAGCUUGCAUGGUUGUGGUCUCAGUAUGGUGCAGACCAGAUCCGACGUCUAAUCGAGACCUUCCAGCAGCUUAUAACCUACACUGUCAUCAGCAACGAGUUCAGCAGUGACAACCUGGUCAAUGAGGAUGAUGGUGUUGUGGCAGCCACCAAGUGCUUGAAAAUCGUCUACUAUGCAAACGUGCUGGGUGGCGACGUGGACACGGAUCACAAUGAGGAGGAGGAUGACGAACCGAUCCCAGAGUCCAGCGAGCUGACACUGCAGGAGCUGCUGGGAGAGGAACGACGGAAUAAGAAAGGCCCACGCGUGGAUCCACUGGAAACAGAACUGGGCAUUCGUGCUUCAGACUGCCGAAAACCUCUUAUCCCUUUUGAGGAUUUCAUCAAUGAGCCGCUUAAUGAGGUGCUGGAAAUGGACAAAGAUUACACCUUUUUUAAGGUGGAGACCGAGAGCAAGUUCUCCUUUAUGACCUGCCCAUUCAUUCUUAAUGCUGUGACAAAGAAUCUAGGCCUGUACUAUGAUAACAGGAUCCGUAUGUACAGCGAGCGCAGGAUUACUGCCCUCUACAGUUUGGUGCAGGGACAACAGCUGAACCCCUAUCUGCGACUCAAAGUGCGCAGAGACCACGUCAUAGAUGAUGCUCUUGUCAGGCUGGAGAUGAUUGCCAUGGAAAACCCAGCAGACUUGAAGAAACAGCUGUAUGUGGAGUUUGAGGGCGAGCAAGGUGUAGACGAAGGAGGAGUAUCCAAAGAGUUCUUUCAACUCGUUGUAGAGGAGAUCUUUAACCCAGAUAUAGGCAUGUUUGCCUAUGAUGAAAGCACAAAACUUUUCUGGUACAACCCUUCAUCAUUUGAAAAUGAAGGCCAGUUCACCUUGAUAGGCAUUGUCUUGGGCCUAGCUAUCUACAAUAAUUGCAUUCUUGACGUACACUUCCCUAUGGUGGUUUACAGAAAACUAAUGGGAAAGAAAGGAACGUUUCGAGACCUUGCAGACUCUCAUCCGGUUCUUUAUCAGAGUCUGAAGGAUCUUCUGGAGUAUGAGGGAAAUGUAGAAGACGACAUGAUGAUUACCUUCCAGAUCUCACAGACAGACCUGUUUGGAAAUCCGCUAAUGCAUGAUUUAAAGGAAGGCGGCGACAAAAUUCCUGUUACCAAUGAAAACAGAAAGGAAUUUGUGGCACUCUAUGCAGAGUACAUGCUGAACAAAAGUGUGGAGAAACAGUUCAAGGCCUUCAGAAGAGGAUUCCACAUGGUUACUAACGAGUCUCCUUUAAAGUAUCUAUUUCGAUCAGAGGAAAUUGAGCUGCUUAUUUGUGGCAGCAGGAAUCUUGACUUUCAAGCACUUGAAGAAAGUACAGAAUAUGAUGGUGGAUACAACAAAGACUCCUGUAUUAUUAAGGAUUUCUGGGAGACGGUGCACUCUUUUGGGCAGGAGCAGAAGAGGCUGUUUCUUCAGUUCACCACUGGCACAGAUAGAGCUCCUGUUGGAGGCUUAGGCAAACUGAAGAUGAUUAUCGCCAAAAAUGGCCCUGACUCAGACAGGUUACCAACCUCUCAUACUUGCUUCAAUGUGCUGCUCCUCCCUGAAUACUCCACCAAGGAGAAACUAAAAGAGAGACUUCUGAAAGCCAUCACUUACGCCAAAGGCUUCGGCAUGCUCUGAGGCACCAGGAUCAGCAAAAUAACUCACUCACCCUCAGAGGUUUCAUUUGUCCGUCAAAGGAGAAAUCCGCUACAUCGACAACUAAAAAGUAAAUAUCAAGUAUAAAUGUAAGGCAACUUGAAAUGGGUUAAAAUGGGAAAGUUCUGGUGACCGUGUACCUGUGCCUAAAUAGUUGAUACAACCACACUGGACUCUUGGCUCUCUCCCUCUUAUGUAAGUGUUAAUGUUCCCUUUUUGUAUGCACUGAGAUAUAGCAUUAUUUAUUUAAGGGAUAAAAUCUCUUUUGUCAUGUCUGCCAGGAAAUCGACUCAUUCUUUGGUUUCAAUUCAUAAAAAGGAGGGACGGUUAGACGUUUUCAACACCUGCAGGACUGAUCACCAUCUAAACUUAAAACAAAAAGAUCAAAGGAAGGAGGUGGAAGUUUAUUGUCAUACUAUGGUUGAAAUGUGAAAGUGCACUUAACUCAAAAUUCAGAAUGUCUAUUAGCUUUUUCUUUUUGACAUCUGCCCUUUUGCCAUUUAUUUUUUGCAUAUGUAUAAAAGGUCUUCCCUAGUCCAUGUGCACUUGCAGCAAUGAUUUCAAAGGUAAAGAGCAGCUCCUGUCUCAAUUUAAUUUCCAGGAAUCUGUAUUUAUUGAGGAACUGCAUUGUUUGUAAUGCUGCUUGGCCAGUUGUGCUGCUUUUUUAUUGCCAGUGUUCUGCAUAUUGCUUCAGAGCUCUGCUCUCUUACGCUUUUUUUAUUUUUUUCCUCUAUUUGAUCUGUUUGCUAUCAGUCUACACUCACUGUGCACUCCUGACAAAAAUUGAGUAGUGUUGCAAAAGAGAAAUCGAACCCUUCCAUAAGACUCGCUCAGCCCAGCUUCCUCAAAGUGUUUCAUUUUGCUUUCUGUUUUAAUUCAAGAUGGCAGACUUUUUAGUCAAUGAAAGCUAAUUGGCAGUGCACCAUGAUGAAACUGUUUAUAUUUGAGUUGCUUUGUUUUGCUCUGCACAGUGUCUGACCCAAAUUGCUAUACUGUUGGAGGAAAUUUAGGGGAAUUUGGCACACAUUUUACUACUAUCAUUUUGUGCCAAACAUUUAUGCUGAGAAUCAGCAUAACCCCACUUUAGAAAUGCCCUCUACACUUUUGUUUUUCUUUUUCCCUCUUGCAUAUUAAAUGUGACUGUGGUUUGUUCCACUGCUGAUGGCGCUAACAUAAAAGGGGGGAACAGAACUUGAUAUUGAGAAUUAAAACAUUUGAUUGUCAAGUUAUUCUUAAAUAAAUUCAAAACUGAAAAACAAACAGCCAAGUGUGAAAUUGUGAUGCAGAGAAGACUUGUUGCAGCAUUAGUUCUUCUGUAGUGGAAUAAAACCAUAAAAUGCAUUACUGUUUGUUAAUGUUGUAACACAUCCAAAAUGGGAUUACCAAGAAAUUAUUCUUAUGGGUAUAUGCUAUUGUGAGCAAAUCCAAAACUUUUAACUACAAAUAGAACGUUUUCACCCUUCCAAUGUACCUUCCAACUACAGUCAAUAGA